AUGGGAGAAUAUCAAAGCAGAGGAGGGCUAGAAGGAGGUGUCUGGAGCACCGUGGUGAGGGAAAAGCUGAGCUUCAUCUGCAGUCUAACAUCCCCUUUAAAAGAGUCUGUGCAAGUAUCAGUCUCUUCGCUCUGUGACUGCAAACCCCAGGAACAGACUUAUAGAGAGGAGGCAGUAGAUGAACCUUCUGGGAGGGUGAAGCAACACAAAUCAAAACUGCUUGGAACUACAGGCAAGAGUGAAGUCGCGGCAGAGUCGGAGGAGACGAGUACAGGGAUGGAACUGAACCAUAGCAGUCUGGGGUUGAACGAGAGCGUGGAGGCUGCGGGAGGAGGCAGUCAGAUCGGCACGGACGGGUACAUCAUCAUCCCCGUUUUCAGCCUUAUCUUCUGCCUCGGGGUCCUGGGCAACUCUCUAGUCAUCACGGUGUUGGCUCGCAGUUCCCCGGGCAAGCCUCGAAGCACCACCAACAUCUUAAUCCUCAACCUCAGCAUCGCCGACCUGUCCUACCUACUCUUCUGCAUCCCGUUCCAGUCCACCUACUAUUUCCUGCCCCACUGGGUCUUCGGGCGCUUCCUCUGCAAGUUCGUCCACUACUUCUUUACCGUGUCAAUGCUGGUCAGCAUUUUCUCUCUCGCUGCCAUGGCGGUCGAUCGCUAUAUUGCCAUCGUCCACUCCAGGAAGUCCUCCUGCAUUCGGGUGGCCAGGCACACGGUCAUGGGAGUCCUGCUUAUUUGGGUGCUCUCUUUGGCCGCCGCGUCGCCUGAAGCUUACUACCGCGUACUACUGCACAUCAAAGGCCAGGGCCCCUUCUGUUGGGAUUUGUGGACUUUCCUCGUUUAUAGACGAAUCUACAAGGUGGCCACCUUCGUGGUUGGCUACCUGCUGCCUCUGCUCCUCAUCUGCUAUUGCUACGCCAAGGUCUUGAAUCAUUUACGCAAAAAACUACGCAAUAUUUCAAAGAAGUCCGAAUCAUCUAAAAGGAAGACUACACAGACGGUACUGGUGGUGAUCGUGGUUUUCUGCAUCUCCUGGCUCCCCAGCCAUGUGAUUGCUCUGUGGACAGAGUUCGGCAGCUUCCCGCUGAACAAUGCCUCCUACAUCUUCAGGAUAACCGCCCACUGCCUAGCCUACAGCAACUCCUCCAUCAACCCCAUCAUCUACGCCUUCCUGUCAGAAAACUUCAGGAAAUCCUACAAGCAGGUAUUCAGGUGCAAAGUCCGAAACACCUCUCCUCCGAAUCAAGUCAAGGAACUUCGGACUACAACAGACGUUGUGUCAUCUAAUUGCAGCACUGAUAUGUGA